AUGAAGGACUUGCUUUCAAAGAAGAGGAAAUUGAAGGAGGAUGUUACAAUCGCUCAGGAAUGUAGUGUCAUAUUGCAGCAAAAGUUGCCUUCAAAGUUGAAAGAUCCAAGAAGCUUUACAAUCCCUUGCACUAUAGGGAAUGUGACCAUUGGGAAGGCUUUAUGCGACUUGGGGGCCAGCAUCAACUUAAUGCUGCUCUCCAUCUUGAAGAAAUUGAGAGUUGGUGAAGUUAAAAAUACAAGAAUGGCUCUCCAACUAGCUGAUAGAUCCAUCAAGUACCUGUAUGGUAUAAUGGAGGAUGUGUUGGUGAAGAUGGACAAGAUAAUUUUUCCAGCAAAUUUUGUUAUCCUGGAUAUGGAUGAAGAUUCCGAAGUGCCUGUGAUCCUUGGAAGACCUUUUUUAGCCAUUGGAAGAGCGCUAGUUGAUAUGCAACAAGGGCAAUUUAUGUUGUGCCUACAUGAUGAGAAAGUUACAUUCAAGGUAUUUGAGAUAAUGCAGCACCCGGAUGACAGGGAUACUUGCUAUAGAAUUGAUACAGUGGAUUCACUUAUUACAGUAACAACUUUGAAGCAAAACACUUUUGCAGAUCCAUUAGAAAAGGUGGUAGCCAAUGCAAUUAUGAAAAUUGAUGAGAGAAGUUUAAUGAGAGAAUCAUUGGAAAGAGGAAGAGUGGAAGAAUCACGAAGGCUUGAGUUGAAACCUCUUCCCUCACACUUAAAAUAUGCUUUUGUGGGGGAGAAGGAAACACUUCCUGCGAUAAGAAACAACACCCUAUCACAGUUAGAUGAAGAGGAGUUAUUGAGUGUUGAAGGAGCAAGCCAGAAAAGUGCUGCAAUUUAUUGCAGCAAAUACAAUUUGGGUAGCAAGCACACUUCAUGUUUAUGGCUGCCUCAAUACAGUAUUUCCUCUUCACCAGGCACAAAAGUUUCCCCUUUUUCUAUUUUUGCAUCAACAAAUGGUCCUUGGGUUCCCAAGUUCUACGCAAAUUCUAUGUUAUUUUGUGAAUUUUGGUGUGUUUUACUACGUGCUUCCUUCUAUAAACUCCCUCUUGAAUUUGUUCAGGCUUGA